GGAAAGGAGGCAAAAGAGAAAAUUAUGACAAAGACGCAGGGAGACGCACGUACGUGAGCGGUCUACGUCUCCUGGAGAAUUGCGUGAUAUCCAGUGCGCCCUGCCUAUCCAGGGCUUCAAAUUUUCCAUAUUUAUAACAGAUAUCUAACUUUGUGGUAUGUAAUUACCGUACUUUUGUCAGUGGAAUGGUUUACCGUUUUCUGGAGCUAAUGUUUGGGUACAUGGAGCUGAGAAAAGUAUAGAAAAUGCUGAAAUCAUUUUCUUCAAUAUCUUUGAAGGGUGACGAUCCACCGUACCUGUCAGUAGGCACCGAAGUCAGUGCCAAAUAUAAAGGUGCAUUCUGUGAGGCAAAAAUCCGCAAAGUUGUACGUUCGGUGAAAUGCAGAGUAACAUACAAGCAAGGCUUGGGGACUGCUACAGUGACAGAUGACCAGAUCAGGGGUACCCUGAGGGUUAGUGCAUCCGUUGAGGCUCGACAUGCAGACAAAAAGGAGUUCGUUGAGGCGACAAUCACCAAAAUUCAAGACUGCAGUCAAUACACUGUGGUAUUCGAUGAUGGAGAUAUCACAACAUUGAGGAGAACUGCCCUGUGUUUGAAGAGUGGCAGACACUUUGCAGAAUCUGAAACUCUCGAUCAACUGCCAUUGACACAUCCUGAGCACUUUGGCAAUCCCGUCAUCGGUGGCAGACGUGGGAGACGCUCGAGGCAAGCACAGGAUGACAGUAGUGAGGACGAGGAGAGUCCACCCAGGGGAAGUCCAUCGGGCUCAGGAGUUGGAGGAAAAGAAGGUCUGGAGACUGAGCCAGAGAUAGGAAGAGUGGUGUGCGUUGAACUGGGUGAUAAGAAGAAGAAAGAUAAUUGGUUUCCAGGACUCGUGGUUGCUCCAACCGCUCAGGAUACUGUCAGGAUCAGGGUCAGGGAUGAUUACUUGGUGAGGUCAUUCAAAGAUGCUAGAUAUUACACGGUUCCCAAGAAGGAAGCUACUGAAUUUACGAAAGAGUUGGGAUCAAAGGUUGAGAAUAGUACUCUGAAACUAGCUGUCGAGAAAGCUCUUCUUUUUCUCGAAAAGGACGAACUUCCCCCACAUUGGGACAGAGAUUCCCUCUUCGGGAACUCUCUGUCAAGUGGCAAUAGUGAUACUGACGCUGAUUUGGACUCUGAUAGCUCUGAUGACGAGCCUCGGGAGGAAAAGGACCAUUUUGUAGCACAAUUAUACAAAUUCAUGGAUGAUAGAGGAACUCCCAUAAACAAUUGUCCGAUGAUAGGCUCAGAGGACAUUGAUCUCUAUCGUCUUUUCAGAGCUGUCUACAAACUUGGUGGUUAUAAUCGUGUCACUAACCAGAAUCAAUGGAAAUCCAUAACAAGAAGACUGGGUUUAUCCAGUCAUGCAAAUAUCAGUACCCAUAAUCUUGUGAAACAAGCGUACAAAAAAUUUUUACACUCCUUCGAAGAUUUCUAUAGGAAACUCGGCUGCACAAUGGUGAAUCAUCCCCGAGGUGGUACUAGAAAACAGCGCCCAGGUAGGAGUCUCAUUAGAGAUAAAGAUAGAAAUACUCCAGUCCCUCCAAUUCUCCAAAAGUCUGACAAAGAGAGAGACCCAGAAGAUGACAAAAAAUUGAUUCCUGAAGAGGAGAAGAAGUCAGUUCCCCCUGCACCCUCUCCAGUCGAGGAUGAGCCACCCAAACCGUCUGUCAAGAAGAAAGAACCUCCCGAAGAGCAAUCCAUCUCUGGUCCAGAUUCUGACGUGAACAUUGAGGCAGAGAGCACAGCUGAAUCAUCAAGCUCUGAAAAAUCCCAGAAACCUUCGAGAUUCACACCAGUUCCUUCUAAUCGAUCUAAAGCAAUUACGAAACCAAAGGAGGAGCCUAAGAAGAAAUCCCAUGAGAAGAAGAAACAGGAGAAUGCCUCAUCUUCGUCCUCCACUUCGUCUCAGUCGAGUUCGAGUGCUUCGACUGUGGCUGUUAUCAAAAAGGACAAGAGUAAAGACGAAGAAUCAACCAAGACUCGAUCCAAAUCGAAAGAAGAUACCAAAACCAAGGAAUCUAGGGAGGCUCGUGAAAUAUCUCGUGACUCUGAUAAAACCAGAGGCAAUUCUACGAAACAACGGAGGAUGACUGAGGAUGAUUUGAAGAAGCAGCAGAGAGGGAGAAAAAAAAGGAAAGACAGUGAAAAGUCAAGGGAUAAGGAUGAUAACAGUGGGACAGAGUCUUCAGCGCCUUGUUACAAGGGUCCAAUCCAGCUGGGCGAUCGUCUCAAGGUUUAUUACGGUCCGACUCAUGAAUCUAAAGUCACAUAUGAAGCGAAAGUCAUUGAAAUCCAACGAAUAGACGAGGGAGCAGAGUUGGAUUAUCUUGUUCACUACACAGGCUGGAAUACUCGUUACGAUGAGUGGAUAAAAGCCACGAGAAUCGCCCAGAAUUUUACACAAACCCAGGGACGAGUCAAGAGAACGAAAGCCACUCCUAGGCCACAGACUCCCAGCACCAACCCCAGUGCUGCUAAAGGCUCAAAGACUCCCAAUCUUCAGCAGACAGGUAGGAGAAGAGCACAGAGUGUUGCACCUAGUGGUACCAAAAACUCUUCGUCAAUCUCCUCCAUUGGAGGUUUGUCCUCGUCCUCUGGUAAUGGAAAAGACAAGGAUAAAGACAAGGAUAAGGACAAAGAUAAAGAACCAACGAGAUCAACUACACCACUUUCGAUCGCUAGUUCAAGCUCCAGAACAAAAUCACCAGCUACACCAGCUAGUAGACCAACUCGAAAUGCAACGAGAAAUGCUGAGCUGGGGAUUGAAUUGAGGACUAGGAGGACCCGGAGAAUGUCUGGGCAUACGGAUCUGUCGGUUGCCACUGAGAGUGAAGAUUCUGAUGCCUAUGAAACUGAUAAUACAGAGCCAGAACGUGCAAGAACGAGAUCACGAGGUACUGAGGAACGAAGGAGAAGAGAGGUGAGACGAAGGGUUGAGGAUAGGAUAAAACCUGACGAAAACUCUGAAGUUGAGGAUGAAAAAGAGGCUGGGGAAGAGCUGCCCAGGCGGACAAGAAGAUUGAGGCGAGCUGUUAAGAAGAUUCAGGAUACUAAAUCGGAGGAGGCGGAGAGUGGGGGUGGAUUAUUUGCUGAUGAGACUGAUGAGCCAGAAGAAAAUGAAGAUGAUAACGAAAAUGACGAGGAUGAGCCGGAAGAGAAUGAAUCGGCCCCCGAUGCAUUUGAGAAGCCCUCGGGACCCGAAGAGACCCCAAAAGGCCGAGACUUUGAUCUCAAUCAAAUUAGAUCCGAAUUGAAGGGAUUCGACAAGGCUGUCAAGCUGGAAGUCAUCAGAAUGGAGCCUGAGAACUCUGGGGAUGAAGAUGUCAAACCCAAACUUGAGGAUUUUGAGAAAGACGUCACGCUAGAGACUAAGGAGAUAAAGAAGGAGGAGGAAAAAGAAAUUGAAGUUAAGGCUGUUGUUGAAGAAGUUGUUGUUAAACCUCCAGCAUCACCUUCUCCCACGACUGAAGAUGUUUAUGAGUUCAAAGAACCCGAGCCUUUUGAAUUUGAAGUUCGGAAUAAACGAGAUUCAGGAGGUGACAAGGAUAAAACUGGAUUGAAGAAGAGAGUAUUCGAUGAGGAACUCAAGAGUCCCAAGAAAAAGCAGAAAACCACACCCCCUGUUGCUCCAAAGGAGAUUAAACAAGAACCGAUGCCGAUAGUAUCUGUGGCGAGCUCCACUUCUGGGGAAGCAGAACCGAAGAAAAAGCCGAAGAGAUUACCAGUGAUAAAACGUACAGAGGACACCGAAAACACCGAGACAAGUGUCAUUAAAUCAGUUUCCAAAGAGUUUGAUAAAUCUAUUGAUGUAAAAACGAUUGUUCCUGUGUCUUCCACAGUGUCAUCAUAUGUUCUUGAAGAGUCUACAAAAUCAACAUUAAAUUCCGACGCUUUGUUUCUCAAUAUAUCUGGCAACGACGAAAAUAUUGUUGAUGGUGAUGAUGUAGAAGAUCGACUGGUGAUUUCAGAAUCAGAGAUUACAGAAGUCGAUGAGAAACCGAGUGUCACUUGUCCAUCAUCGUUGUACACAUCAUCAGAUGUUGAAAAAAAUGAAUCUGUAAAAAGUGAUGAGAAAAAAUUGGAAUUGCCAUCAACGAGUAAGGACAAGGAGGAUAAAGUACUGAUUCCGGUGAGUUUACUUUCAAGUACAAUAAUUGUAUCGAAUCCUUCUACUGUCAUAUCCAGCACCGUUUCGUCAGUUGCAUCAGCCAUGGAACGAAGGAUCCUGGAGGCUAAAAUUCCAUCUGUCAUGUCGUUGAUCCCAAGCACAAAUCUGGUACCAGCACCCAUCAGUGCUAGACUCCCUGCAACAUCGACUAUUGAAGAGAAACUCUCAGCAGCAGCUCUGGCAUUUAGACAGCAGAAACCAAAAGAUUCGAAACGAGAUGAAGAUGCAGAACUGAGAAGAAGAGACAAUCUUAAGAAAAACGACAGUGCAAACAAACGGGGCAAGCAAAUUAGUGAAUCAGUGGAUUCACACAAUUUGAAACAACAGAGACCUGAGGAGAAGAAAAAGGAACUGGAAGAGAGCUCUUCAUCGGAUCUGUCAUCAGAUAGAUCUAGAGAGAGAGAAGUGAGGACAGUGAUAAAACAGAAGGAAGAUGAACUUGAGCAAUUGAAACUGCGGAAAGACUCGGAGAUUAAAAAACCAGUGGAAACUAAGCUCGUCGAUUAUCGUCGAGGACUCGAAAAACGUCAGAUUGAUCCACUCAAAGAAAUACCAGAACAAUCGGUAGAGCUCGACAAACAAAAACGAAAGAAAGUAUUGAGUCAAGAAUUCCUAGACUCCACUGACUCGAGUGAUUCCGAACAGAAGCUGGUCAUUGACAAUUCUGAAGAUAAAUGCGAUAAGAUGGUGAAGACGGAAAAACCUGAAGUCACAGCGACCAUCUUCGACGGGAAGAUCAAGACAAAUUUAGCAGAGUCGAUUCCUCCAGAGCAAGGAUAUCAGCUGGACCAGAAGAGUAGUUUAUCGACCGUUGUGGUUAAGCAGGAGGAGGAGGGUGAGAAUAUGAAUUUGCUGUGUGAGGAAGAAAUUCCGGGAUCACCAGCACCAGCGAUGGAGGUGCUGGAGCAGGAGGAUGGUACUGACCGAGACUUGGGGAAGGAUAAACUUGACAAGAAGAUUGUUAUACUCGAGAUGCCAUUCGCAAGUGCUCCGACAUCAGGUGCUCAGAGUACGAGUCAAGGAACGGGAUUGUCAAUGACUGUAGCGAGUUCCUGUGGCAUUCAAGGGGCAUCAGGCCAUGGGAUAUUGGCAGGAGGUAGACAACAAGUGGUCCAAGCAGUACAGCAAGUGCAGGGAGUUGCAGGAGUGCAAGCCCUUCAGGUAAUUCAGAAUCCAAAUAGAAGAGAAAGUAAUGAAGCUGCGCCUGUUAUGGAUAAUACACCACCUACUACACCUGAUUCGACAAUCUCCAAUAUCUCAGAGUCCCCCAGGGGAGAGGAGAGAGCUGGUGUGUCUUCUCCAACGUCUGAAGAUACAGCCAAGAGCAGGGAAGAGGGGGAGAGUGAGGAGGCCAAAGCCAGUGGGUUUAGUGAAGGGAUUGAUAAUGUGGGUGGCAGUUUAGGGGGCAAUGAUGGGGUCAAGAUAGGUGGAGCUGUGAAAAGACCCGUUGAGGAUCCUGGAACACCCAAGAAGAGGAAGAGGAAUAGAAAAAAUUCCGAGUGUGGCAAGGAUAAAAAAGGUGCUAGGAGCUGUGGUCGGACCACUAGACAGGGACCCGGGGGGAGUGAUAGUGAUGACACCAGUGAGGGCUCCAAUGCUGGGGGGAGUGGACAUGUCGAAGGGGUGGAAGGUGUCGUCAAUGGGAUGGAGACAGCUUUAGGCAGGGAUCAGAAAUCAUUGAAGUACAAUUUCUUCGUGGAUCUUGAUCCUGAACUCGAUGGAUGUCAAAGGAUAGCUGUUCUUCAGCAAAAAUUAUCAGAACUCAAAAAGACGUACAAUAUUGUAAAAACUGAGUUGGCAGCAAUCGAAAGGCGGAGGAAAAAAUUGAGAAGGAGAGAACGUGAAGCUAAGAAAUUAUCAAUAGCAGCAAUGAAAGCUGCUAAAGCCGAGAUGCAACAGGCCUGUGCUUAAAGGGGAUUGAAAAAUUAUCAUUCGAAUACAAUAAAUCAUUGGAAAUAUGGAGGAACCUGUAAAUAGCGGAAUUGAAGUUAUUCACUAUCUCAAGCGCACUUUAAAACAAAGUUUAUGAACUUUGAUUGUUCAAUCAAUCUAUUUCAUCAUUUCUCUAUAACUAUUGUUAUUGGAAACUGUAGAUACUGGGCAAGGAGUAGCUAAUUGUCCAUCAUCUAUUAUUGAUAAAAUAACAAACAAGAAAGUGUCAACCUCGGAAUCUUUGCUAAAUCGAAAUUGGACUUUGGAAAAUGCAAUUUACAAUCGAUUUAUCUAGAUCAUAAAUAAAUCGAAUUGGUUAACUCAGUUUAUUAUUGUUUGAGUUAAAAUUGUACGUGUACAGAAAAUAUUGAAAUUGUGAUUUUUAUUUUUAUUUGAUUUUGUUUUCGGUAUUGUAAAUAAUUAUCUCUCGUGUUUGGAGCUGAAAAAAAUUAGUCAAUUUGAUAAGUACUUUGCAAAGAUUACAAUUGGGGCCUGAUAUGUACGAUAGAGGAGAAAGAGACAAUUAGCUAAAAAUUUAGGUACCAUUAGAAAAAAUGAGAAAAAUUCUCUUUUUAUUCUCGUACGAUAUCUAGAUUAUAAUCGUGUGAAUAAUUCUGAUUAAGAGUUUCCUAUUUACAGUUUAUGAUACGAAAGAACGAAUCAAUUGUGGAAUAUUAGGUGUUUAGUGUACACAUUAGAUGAUAAAAGUGUUUUUCCAAGGGUUGAAAUGCUGAGGAAUGCUAAAAGACGCCAGAUAAUUGUAAAGAGCAUGGAAAAAUAAAUAAUAAUUGGAGGAAAAUGGUUGAAAGAGGAUUUUAUACAGCAAUUUAAUUUUAUUACGUAUUUACUUAGGGGAUUAUGAGUAUUUUAAAGAUGUUCCUUUUUUUAAAUACUCCCUUCUUACAUAAAAAUACAUUAUAUGAUACAGUAAUUGUACAAAUAUAAUUGUUAUCGUA